AUGUCAUCUUCUCGUCCAGUGACUCCUAAUCUGAGGAGAAGUAGUGGGAAUAAUAAUAGCAGUGGUAGCGGUGCAGGUUAUAGAAGACAUCUGCAUCGAUCAUCUGGUGUUUACCUUUUAACUCAAUCCCCCAAGAUUCAUUAUCCUAUUGAUCCUGAUCAUUUACCUUUGGAAUCAACUUUAAAUACAGAGAAAUUUGAAAGAUUAAGUGAUUCAUUAGAAGAAUUGGAUGCCAAUAUCACCAACUUACAAUCAAUUCAUGAUGCCAUAUCAAAUCAAUUCAAUGAAUCAUUUGCUAGUUUCUUAUAUGGAUUAAGUAUUACUAUGUGGUGUGUUGAUUUUCCAGGAUGUCCAACUAAAGAAAGUUGGUCUAAAUUACAAUCUAGAAGAGAAUUGGAUUCAAGAAUCAAUGAAUUACAAGAUAAAUUAAAGCAAUCAAAAUUAAAAAAUGAAGCAUUAAAGAAGAAAUUAAAAGAUCAACAACCUCAAGAAAGAAGAUCAUUAUUGGUGAAUCGAGCACCACCAGCAACUACUGAAGAAGAUUCAUAUUUAACUAACGAAGGAUCCUUCGUAUCAUAUCCACAACCAGUAUCAUCAUCACUUGCCACAUCUAGAUUAUCAAGAAUACCUCAACCUAUAGGGAAGCCAUCCACCAGGGAAGUAACAGUUACAUCUAGUAGACGAACUGGACCUAAUUUGAAUCAACCUCCACGAUAUCUUAAAGGUUUAUUUGACAGUACCAAUAAUAGAAUAUCCACAACAUCAACAUCAUCUACUACACCAUCUAAUAGAACCACAAAAUCAAUUUUAAAAUCAGGUCCACCAAGAAGAAAUCCUCCACCUUUAAGAACAACUCCAAAUAGAAUAUCAAAGAGAUCCAUAAGGUGA